UAUUUACGACAACCAAAAAGUGAUACGUGCAGACUUUCGACAGAGUGUGUUUACGUUACGACCAAGUCCACGUUAUUGACCGAGUUUAUCAGUGGACUUCGCCCUAUAUUCACAACCGCAUACGUACACAGAAGAAUACAACAGAGUUUAAAGGCACAGGGAAGACACCGUCCACAAAAUGGCGAGCGCCCCGCUUCCAACGAAGGUCAAAAAGUCAUUUUUGUUUUUCCUGUUGUUUAUGUACACGUUUGUGGUCAGCACCCUCAUCAUUAACUUCCUCAUGGUGCUGACCCUACUUAUUUGGCCAUUUGACCGCAAACUCUUUAGGAAAAUCAACUACAUCUUGGGAUACUCAAGCUGGUCUCAGUUUACUUGUAUAGCACAGUGGUGGUCUGGUUGUGACAUCAUCUUGUACAUAGACCAGAAAGAUCGGUUAUUUGCGGGCAAGGAGCAUAUCCUGGUUUUGAUGAAUCACACCUAUGAAAUUGACUGGCUCAUGUUAUGGAUUCUUUCCGAAAGAUACGGUGUCUUAGGGGGUGCAAAAGUCUACGGCAAAAACAUGUUGCGAUACAUUCCCCUAAUAGGUUGGGCGUGGUAUUUCACAGAGUGUAUUUUCUUAAUGAGGAACUGGGCAAAGGACAAGAAAAUCAUCGCAGACACCAUUAAAGAACUGUUGGACUUCCCCGACCAAUAUUGGUUUACAUUACUGCUGUUCCCAGAAGGUACAAGAUUUACACCAGAGAAACAUGAAGCUAGUUUAAAAUUUGCCAGGGAGAAAGGGUUACCUGAAUUCAAGCACCAUUUACUGCCCCGCACAAAAGGGUUCAGCUACACCAUCCAGGCCCUCCAGGGCAAGGGGGCAGUUGGUGCUCUCUACGACAUUGCUAUGGGUUUCAAGGGUAACACUGUGAAACCAACAUUAAUGAAUGCCUUCAGAGGCAACGCCAUUACAGCCCACCUCAGAAUGAAGCGUUAUGAAUUAGAAGACUUGCCAAAAGAAGAGGAAGAAUUAUCUCAGUGGCUCAGGGAUUUGUUUAAAGAGAAAGAUGAUCUUGUCGACGAGUAUAUGAAGACAGGGAAGUUUGACCUACCAGAGUACCGUCCUCCACAACGACUCCAUGACCUUUUAAAUUGGAUAUUUUGGUUCCUUGUGACAGACAUUCCACUGUUUUAUUACCUAGGGAGUGUUUUAGUAGCAGGGACCAUUACACAACAGCUUAUUGUUUUGGGCGUAGUGGUAUUCAUGACAAUAUUUUCACGAUGGAUGAUUGGCUUGUCCGAAAUAAAGAGGGGUUCAUCAUACGGAUCUGCAGUGACACACAGUGGGAAGAAGUCAACAUGAACUAUGGUCUUAAGUGUGAUAAUUAUAGCUACAUUGUGAUUGUAUUUUAAUAACAACACCAAAUAUGAACACUUCAUGCACUUCAGAAGAUAUUUUAACUAAGAAAGAAGCUUUAAAUUUACAAGACAAGUGUGUUGAAAAUGACAUUUACAAAGAACAGUCUUUUGGUUAUUUUGAGAAUUAAUUCCGAAAACAAAAAUGUAUAAAUGUAUCCAAACACAAGGACAUUUCCUCAUAAGCUUCAAAUGUGUUAAUAAAUUUCCCACAUGGCAAAAUAAUUUCUGAAGUUCCCUGGAAUUUGUGUGUUAUAUCUCACAGCAAGAGAUUUCUAGCUUUAUAACAAAUUUUACUUAUACCAAAACAAUAUCUUGGGUCCCCAGAGGUUCAUUAUAAAAAUUAAAAUGUUUUGUUGCGUAAACUUAUAUAUGUAUAUUUACAAAUAACAUAGACAUAAGAUGUAUACAUAUAUAUAAAUAAAUUCAUAAAUAUAUUCUCGUAUAUUUAAAGACCCUUUCACCUGUUUAGCUACUCAUUAUCAUCCUAGACUGUAGACAUUCAACAGUUUUUAAAGCAUUUUGUGAUCAUAAAAGAAAAAUGAGAGAAUAAAUUUGUAUUUUUAUUAUUAAAAAAUAUCGAAAGCUGCGGAAAAGUUCAUCUCAUAAUUCAUUAACACUUGCUAUGUUAACGUGCAACUUUUAAGAUAAUGACACUUAUAAUUAUAUAACUUAAUACAAGUAAAUAUAUUGCAUUAUAGUCAUUAAGGAUCCCUGUACUACUGCUAAAUUGUAACAAAGUAUGGGGGACGUUUUUUCCCAGCAUGACUAGAGCUUUAAUAAAUCAUUUCUGAAAAUGAAACCAUACCCUGUAUGGAUCUAAUGAAAAAUAAUGGAGGGGAAAUGAACAAUAUAUGAGUUCUGAGAGUAAAAACUUGGCGGGGCUAGACCAGGAUUCAACUCCUGGACUUCAAAUUGUUGUACUAUAUCUCUUCAAUCAAUUGAGCUACCUGUUAAACGAAAGUGUCCUGCCACAACUGUGCUUCAGUUAUAGCCAUACGGAAGUUAAGGGGAGGUAACUGUAGGUAUACAAACCACAGUGCAGUGGGACAGGGAUCCUUAUAUCAAACACGGGACAAAUUCCCUAUGAAAAUAAUUAAAAAAUCAAUCAUGUCUUCUUGGAAUCUUUUUAUCACAUUAAGAUGUGUAAUUACAUAUUCUACUGGCAGAUUUGAGGGGAAAUGUUUACUUUUAUACCAUGGAGUGUUCUUUGUACCAAACCAACAAUUAUCUGAACUAAUUCGAUCAGUUUUCUUAAAACUCUAUAUGUUACUUUAAAAGAGUAAUUAUGUUUUGACAGACGAGGGUGCUUAUUUAUGCGAGUGCAAGCUGCUUGGUUAAAUAUUGGCCCUAAUGACCUGUUUUGUGUCAAUGGGCUGUUAAGAAUCCAAUAAUAAUAUAGUUUUAUAUCCUUCCAGAAUUUGUACAUUUAUAUUUACCUGCGAUUGUGUUUUAGUUCAUUUAUAUUGAGAGCUAUUAUCUUGUUUUCCCAUGUUUGAAAUUGUAUUUUUUUUUAAAUGUUAAUUAUUUUAGAGAAAAAGUAUUCCACAUUAUUUUUCAUUUGUAUAUUCAAGUUAACAUCAGAGGAUGGGAAUGUGAACAACAUGCUUAUAGUAUGGUUUGAUUUAAACAAAUUUUUAUUUGCAUCUAAUAUACAAAAGGGAUUGGGCACAGUAGUAUGGUAUGGAAAAAGGACAGAAUUUUAGAUGAUCAAGAGUUAGGGUGACCUAGAUCUUUACCUUUAGAGUAAACAGUGUGUGUGAUAAUUAAAGGCCCCUUUAGCUUCUCCAGUUCAGCAGUUUGAACCAGCUGAACCUGAAAAGAAAAUAACAGGCUCAGAUCUGAACCGAAGCUGACCUCAGGAAUAUUUGGCACAAACAUAUGGAGGGAUCCAGACGUGCCUGACUGACACUAAAAUACUGACUAUUGCUAGUUUGCAUUAUGUCAAAAGGUCGUUUCACAAGUAUAUUUUAGGAAUUGUUAUAAAAUCAAGUUCAUGCAUGAAAGAAGGACAUACUAUUCUUGAUAAAUAGUUAUUUAUUUGUCCCAAAUUUUGACAAACAAUAUGAAUUUGGAAUUUUAUUAAAUUUUAUGUUCCAAAGAAAUUGAAUUGUCAAAGCUUAAUUCCAAAUAUUAAAUAAAAAAAUUGAAUUGGGUUUUUUUUGUAAAUAGAGAGGGUUUUGUUGACUUGUUGUGUGCUACAAUAUACCGACUUUAAGUUUAAGUUUUUCACCUGGCUUGAAUUAUUCAAUUAUUUUUCCAAGAUGGAAUAUUUCAUAUCUUUUUCAGUGAAAUUAUGAUUGUUGAGGCUUUACAAAAUGUGACAACAAUUUUUAACGUUAUCUCAUCAAUCUUUACAAGUAAACUUUUGUAUGUACAUUUUGCAAACUUUUACAGUCAGACUUUCAUAAAUCGAACUUUGAAGACUCCAAAUCCUUGAUCUUACGGAAAAGUCUGGAUAUUUUUUUCUUAUGUAACGCUAUAAAUAUUCUAUUAUAGAAUCAAACUUUUAUGAGUCAAAUAUUUUGCACUUUCUAAUUUUAAUCAAGGCCUGCUUCUUAUGAAAACAUUGAGAAAUAAAUGAAAAUGAAAAGUUGCCUUUACUAGAACAAUGAUAUUUCCCAUUGUCAUUUUAACAGAUCUCCAUAACAAGAUCUCCAUGCAAACAUCAGUUUGUAAAUAAACAUGCUGUUCUUAUUGCUGUAAAUCCUGUAGUUAUCUAUUAAUUUAAAAUAAAAAUUUCUUAGCGUGUCUUAUAUGCAGGAUCUCAAUGUCCGAUGUUCAACAUUCAUGAGUCGAAGUACCGAUGUUACAAUUUUUUCCUGAUGUUUGAAAGUUCCAAAGUCCAAAGUUCGAAACAUUGAAGUUUGACUGUAUGCUUAAAAUAGGAUUGUGGAUAUUUACCUGACUGUGAAAUACAUUUCCCCCCCAUAAAUGAUGAUAAUUUUAGCUUUAUAAUACUAUUGGCUGUUUUUAGCUUUUAUUAGAGUUUCUGGUGGUAAAUUGUCUUUUAAGUAAUUUUUUUCCGUAUUAUUGUCAUAUUUGAAAACUAGAUUUUUUUUUGAAUGCAUUCCAUUUUCAUAACGAUUAUCAUUUUGUGAUACACCAAUCUGUUCUGCAUUUAGACGGAGAUGAUAAAUGAAAACACCUGUUCAACCAGACAGAAAGAGCAUUUUAUUUACAAUUAUAUAUAUUUCUUAACAUCUUAACAAAUUUUUGCAAAAAAAUUUGAUAUGUACAUGUAUGAAAGUAUUUAGUUGGGUUGAUUUCCUUUGGCCAUGUAGUUAAUGGGCCUAAGUCACGCUACCACAAUCAGUACACUGUCAAGAAAUGGUUUGAAUAGUACUCUAAAAUUCGAUUUGUGUAUUUUACAAUGAUGAUAUAAAAUUUAAGUUUUUAUCAGCAUUUCCUCCAAAUAGUUUUGUUUUCAGCAAUAUUUUAAGAGUACACAAGAUAUGACUUCAAAGUGAACGUGUCAGAAAACCAGAAAAAAAUACAUGUACAUACAUUGACAAAAUUUUGGAGAGUUUUGAAGGGGGUAGUUAUAAGCAUGUUGAAAUGUUGAUUUCUGGUCCUUAUAACCGAAUAAUAUAAAAGGGGAUAUAUACAAUUGUAGUUCAGCCCCGAAAAAUAAAGUGAUUACAACAUCAGGUUAUAACCCAUUCACCCCUAUGUACCUUUAGUAAACUCUACCAUGCAUUGAUCUGGAUAAGUCCAUUAUGGUCUACAGUGGUGAAAGGGUUAAGGUGAUUACUGAAGUAAUAUAAUAUAUACCUGUUACACUUGUGAUAUGAUUGUACUUAAAUUGAUGAUACGUAUAUUUCUGUAGACUUGUUUUACAGGUUUUAUUGUUGAAAUUGUCAGCUACCAUAUGUAUUGUAACAAAGACACAGGACAAUGUACAGAAAGGCAGGGGGUGUUGAAUUGAAGCUUGCCUCAGUAGACUCGUAAAUAUUUUGGAAAAUGUUAUGAUAUUCUUUCUUUAGUUGUUUUGUGCCAGGGAAAAAAAUAAUCCUGCAUUCACAAAAUAUUGUAUCAUAUAAAAAAUAAACGUGGGGGGGAGUGCACUCAUUUCAGUAGAUAUGGUAGUUGAGUAUACUAUGCAUUCCACUUUAUAUCAUAUAUAAUUUGUCAGGAAAAAAACAUGAUAUAAAGUGAAAGUUGACAUGAACA